AGUAAGACUGUUGGUUUUAGGAUGCUGAACUCGUCGUCCAAAACCCUCCUUAAAUCCUGUCACCGCACUUGAACAUCACCGGCGACUAACUCCGCACAAAAACACGAUUCCCGGGCAGACUUCCGUUCAAACACACACAACAAUGUUACUCCGGCUGGUCGGUCGCGUCGGAAGAAGACCAACAUCCUUCUUCCCUCAACACUCUUCUUAUCGUCACAUAACCCUAAUGGCACACCCUUUUGCCCGUCGUUCUUCAAACGAAAAAAACUAUGUAGACUACGUCCCACAACAAUCGAGAAGGAACGUAUCAGUGAUGCGGAAAUCAGCUUUCGAAGACCGAAUACGUAGACUCAUCCGCAACGAUAUCCAAUAUGAACUCGAUCGAUCUCCUCGUACCAAGCUUGUUCCAAAUUUCAAAUAUUUUGCGGUUGAUGAGAGGCCAGGAGAGCAAUGGAUCAGAUUGAACAAGAAAUUUGGAGAGGAUGAAGAGAUUAAAGUAGAGGUAACCAUGUUCCGAGUUUCUACUCCUGCUGAAAAAGAAGGUAGUGUUACAACAGAGAACGAUCUAGAGCUUUACAUUUCAAUGGUGAUUGACAUCUUUAAGGAUGAAGAAAAUGGUAUUUUGGAGUUUGUGUGCAAUGUAUGGCCUGACAGCAUUGAGAUUGAGAAAGUUUUUAUGCGUGACCAAGAUGGAAUGACUGGUAAACCCUACUUGGGUCCUCCCUUCAAUGAUUUGGAUGAUGAACUGCAAACUUCACUGUAUGAUUUCCUGGAGAUAAGGGGCAUAAAUGAUGAACUAGCUCUCUUCUUGCAUAAAUGUAUGCAACACAAAAGUAAGAAUGAGUAUAUUCGAUGGUUGGAAAGCGUGGAGUCUUUUGUAGCACGGAAUAAGUAAGGUCAAAAUCACAUUUUGGGUGGUGCUAUUUUAGUACAUGCCUUAACAGUAAGUGAACAGACUUAUGAGAAUACAUUAUGAUUUAUGAUUUAUCUGUGGAACAAAUUUAUUGGUGGAGGCUCUGUGGAAUGGGUGACAUUUACCUUUUCAAAAAAAAAAAAAAAAAAUUGU